UUUACGGUGCUCGUAUCGUUGGUAGACGUUGGUAGUGACAUCACCAUUCGUAAUUCGUGGUGUUAUCCUGGCAAAAAGAAAAACGUGCUAUCGUCAAUAAGAAAGGGGCCGAUGUCUGCAGAGAAAAGGCAAGAAGAGGACUACGAAGACCGCAAGUUCUUUUCCGACCACACCCUCCACAGCCUCCGGGACGGUUUCUUCAAAGAUUACCUCGACCAAAUUGACCUUCAGACAUCUCAGGAUUUCAUCGAUGGAUUCAUUCAGUGCAAGACAGAUGAAGAGCGCUUCGUCAGGAUGUGGAAUUUUGAGCCAGUCCAAGGGAUUAACGUCCGGAGCUCCUUCGAAAAGAAGGAUGGAGAGACGUCGGAGCUUCGACGAAACGAGGGGAAUCGAGCGUUCGCAGAAAACAAUUAUGCCGAAGCCUCGGCGCUCUACUCGAAGGCGAUCAUUUUUGCGCCUCAAGGCGAAGGAGGGGAGUGUUUGUCACUCAGUUAUGCCAAUAGAUCAGCAGCCCUGUUCCAUCAAGGAAAAUACCAGUUAUGUCUGAGGGACAUCGAACUGGCUAUGGAGGCGGAUUAUCCCCGAAGACUUUUGUUUAAGGUUCUCGAUCGCAAGGGUUUGAGUUUGACGAAACUCGGUCGAUACGACGAAGCGAAAAAGGCCUUCAGCGCUGGCCUGGACUCGCUCUGCUCUCUGGACAUGGAAACUAAGAAGCUUCAGCACUGGACCAGACACUUCAGUGAUAAGAUACGACUUUGCGACGGGAGACCUGAUGAAGCUUGUGAGUCGGAGGUUCCUCUUACAAGUGUCCAAGUGUAUGGCGGAGCCAACCCUUCUUUACCCAGCGCCUCUAGAGCUGUCACUAUACAAUUCUCUGACGCACAAGGUCGAUUUGCCGCAACUGGUUCUCCAGUCCCCGUCGGGGAGGUCCUCAUAUCUGAAAAGCCCUACGCGACAGUACUGAAGGCUGACAAACGUCUACUCCACUGCCACUCCUGUUUCUGCAGCACCACAGCACCGGUCCCUUGUCCUUGGUGUUCCGGCGUCGCCUUCUGCAGUAUCGGAUGCCGCGACCUCGCCCUUGCAACGCACCACAAAUGGGAGUGCAAGUUUUUAGCUCUACUCCAAGAUAGUGGGAUGUCGCUGAACUGCUUCCUCGCCCUGAGAAUUAUAAGUCAACAUGGACUUGGUUUCUUUAAAAAGAUUCGGACGCAUCUUCAAGAAUUACCCAGAAUUCCAUCGCCGGAGUCUCCUCACCGCUCCAAUGACUACUUGAGUGUACACCACCUGGUGAGACUCGAAGACAAGCGGCCGCAGAACAACUUUAUCCCACUGGCUAUAAUGGCCACCUUUCUUUUGAAAGUGCUGAGAGGGGCGAGCUUCUUUGGAAACUGCGAGAGAACAGGUAUAGGGAGUGACAGUCUCACAGAUGACGAAGUAUUCAUUGGUAGCCUUCUAUUGAGAAAUCUACAAAUUGUUCAGUUCAAUGCGCACGAGGUCAGUGGAAUGGACUUCAAAAGUGUCCAAUGUCGCCUUGAGGAGAGCAGGAGUGUCUUCCUAGGGUUAGGGAUCUACCCAACUGCUGCCUUCUGCAAUCAUGCCUGUUAUCCAUCAGUUACAAGGUAUUUUGAGGGAACCAAGUUAGUGCUUGUGAGCUUAAGACCGCUACAACCUGGUGAUACCAUAGCAGAAAAUUAUGGUCCAAUAUUUACAAAAAACAGCUUAGAAUCGCGACAGAAGAAACUUUUAUCGACAUAUUGGUUCCGGUGUGCUUGCGAGGCUUGUCUUGGUAACUGGCCAGUGUAUGACAAGAUGAACCAGUCCAGGGCUUUUUGCUGCCAAAAAUGUGGGGAUCCUCUUCCCAGUAAACCCCAAAAGCAAAAUCAAGUAAUAUGCAAUACCUGUGGAACUAAACAUAACGUAGCUAAAAUGCAGAAGGCUUUAGAAGACGCACAUAAAUGUGUAGAAGCUUGCUAUUCAGAUGAGCUUCCUAUUCAAGAGCUGGAACUUUGAAACUUGGACACCAAGUAUUUUGUCUAACUUGAUAUGUCAUAAACCUGAGACAUUUAAUUUUAAAUGUUCUAGAGGAAAGUCCUAGAGCAAGAAAUGGUUGUUUAAAUAUUGUGCUCCAGUGUUCCGUUUCGUUAAUUA